AUAAAGGUCGAAUAAAGUAUUUAUCGUAAAAGCUAAUCGUUAACCUGUGAAUCUUAAUUACAAAUAGUGCGUUGUUUGCAGCCGAUCGUGCAUAAAAGAAAGAAAUUAAUCGUAUGUCAUGGGCUCGUUUUAGUUUAUGUCAAAUAAAAUAUAUUUCAUUUCGUUUCCGUGAAUAAGUCGUUUGUGCGAACAACCGCAACGCGUCGUGGCAUCUAUAUCGUAAUUCGUAAGCUUAUUCUGUAUUUCGAUCGCGGCCAUAUUUGGUUUCUCGUUUUAUCGUUUUUAAUUCGUAAAUCGUUAUUCGUUAUAGCGAAAUUCGUACAAGCGUCGAAUCGGUGCAACGUUGUCAUAGUAGUCGUACCGUCGCCGCGUACAAGUGUCGCGUCGUAUAUUGAUAAAUCAUAUCGCGUAUAGUUGUUUACAUCGAAUAUCUGAUAUCGCAUAAUCACAUCACACGUUGUGUUUAUAAUAUUGAUAUACGCGUGUUAUUCAUCUGAAUCAACUGUAAAAUUGAAGCAAUUGCGGGCAGUUCCACCAGACGAUUUUUAGUUCAUUCUGUCGGUCAGUGAGAAAUUGAAUUGUCCAUGGUUAUCAACUCAACACAGAUCAAACGUCGAUUAAAGGUCAGAGAUUUAAUUCUAAUUACCUUAGGCAAACUCCUCGAAUAGAUACAACAGUGUUCCUUUUCUAUGCUUUAGUCGUUACAAUUCAACUGAACUUGCGUUACCUUACCGAAGUAGUCUAUUUAAAUCUGAAUAAUUAAUCAUUAUUUACUAUGGGUGAACCGGCAGUGCUUGUAAAUCGCCGCGGAGUAUUAAAGGGCCAAAUGACGCGUAUUUUAAGUUACACGCUAGGAGAACGGGGUAACCUCGAAGUUGAUCAAAUAAAAAGUCGAAAGGAUCGUUUAAAAGAAUUGUUUGAUGCUUUUGAGGAAGUUCAGUCGUCGAUUGAAGAAGAAAGUGGUGUAUCGGAGGACAGCGAAAAUUACCGCGUUGAAGUCGAAAAUGUGUAUUAUAAAGCUAUGGCGAAUUGCGAAAAAAUAAUAAAAGAAGAAGAACUAGAGCACAGCAUCAGUUAUCCGCGCGCAAAUAGUGAAAUUCAGAGCAAUAAUAAUGCGAGUGGUAGCCAAGUAACACCCGUAAAAUUAGCUGCGUUGCAAAUACCAAAAUUUACGGGCUUAUAUUCAGAGUGGGCAACCUUUUAUGACAUUUUCACAGCAUUUGUGCAUAACAAUAAAGACAUAUCGGAAAUACAAAAAUUUUUCUAUUUGCGUGAGGCACUCGAAGGUGAUGCCGAAAAAUGCUUGCAAUGUUUAGGAACAACCGCCGAAAAUUAUAGAAUUGCAUGGCAAACCUUAGUAUCGCGUUACAAUAAUAAAAAGGUGUUAAUUCAAAAUCACACGAAGGCGUUGUAUGGAUUACCAGCUGUCACGUCGGAAUCGUCAUUUCAAUUACGUCAAUUAAUCGAUGGGCUAAACGGUCAUAUUAAUGCUCUUCAAAUGUUAGGCCAGCAGCCUAAAUUAUGGGGCUCGUUGCUAAUUCAUUUAAUUACGAUUAAACUCGACAAAGAAUGCCUGCGUGAAUGGGAGACAGUAUCGGAAAAGAAUGAAAUUUCUACGGCAGAAAAGUUAUUAGAAUUUUUGCAAAAUAGAUUCCUUGUGUUAGAAGCAAUCGAGUCCUCAAAUAGUGAUAUUGUACAACAAGUAAGCAGUACUGUAACCAAAAGAUGGCCAAACAAGUCAACUGCACAUGUUUCAACGAAUGAAAUAAAAUGUUUUAAUUGCGCUGGUGCGCAUACAAUUUAUCGUUGUCCGUCAUUUUUAGCCUUGUCUGUAAACGAUCGCAUAAAGAAAAUCGAUGCUCUUAAAUUGUGCAAAAUUUGUUUACGCUCUCAUCCUAAUAUUAAAUGUCAAUCACGUCGUUGUGCUAAAUGUUCGCGCCCACACAAUAGUUUAUUACAUCUAAUGAAAGCAGACAAUCUUAAAAAGAAAAAUUUCGCAACUACGACCAGCGAGUCCAGUACAAAUAAUACGUCGACUGAAAAAUCAAAUGUAAAUGUAACGGAAACCGCGUCCAUAAGUGCUCACGCAUCAAAAGUAGAUACGUGCGGCACCGUUUUGCUAGCUACAGCUAUAGUAAAGGUAUAUAACAAGGACGGAAAGUCGAUGAAGUGUCGCGUAUUGUUAGAUACUGGGUCUCAAAAUAAUUUUAUGAGUGAGGAAGUAUGUCAAAUAUUAAAACUACGACGUUCGAAAAUAUCAUGUGCUAUUGUCGGUAUAGGUCAGUCUCAACAAGAAUCGUCAUCUGCGGUGUGUGCUACAAUAGAAUCGCUAGGUUCUAAUUAUAAAUCAACCUUUGAGUUUUUGGUGUUACCCAAGUUAACAAAUAAUAUACCGUUAAUGUAUAUAGAUACAUCCAAAAUGAAUGUUCCAAAAAAUAUUCAGCUGGCUGAUCCACAAUAUUAUAAGCCGCAAAAAAUCGAUAUUAUUUUAGGUGCUUCAGUAUUUUUUGAAGUAUUAGGAACCGAUCGUAUCCAGCCAGUGAAAAAUGGGGUAUUCUUUCAAGAAACACAUUUCGGUUAUAUUAUAAGUGGUCAAGUACCCAGUGCAAAAAACAAUCCGUCCACAUCAAUUAUAUCGUUUGUCGCGUGCACCGACAUGCUAAGAUUAGAAGAAAAAGUUUCAAGAUUUUGGCAUUCAGAAGAGAUCUCGCCAGAAAAAUCGUAUUCGCUAGAAGAAAAAUUAUGCCGACAGCACUUUGAUAGUACAGUAAGAAGACAAGAAGACGGAAGAUUUACAGUUUGUCUGCCGUUUCGCGAGUCGGUGACAAAAUUAGGCGAGUCACUAGAUAUAGCGUUGCGAAGGUUUCUGGCAUUAGAACGAAAAUUAAAUGCAAAUGAGUCCUUAAAAAAGGAUUAUGUGAAAUUCAUGGAAGAGUAUCAAAGUUUAGGUCACAUGUCACCUGUGGAUUCAUAUGACACGAAAAAGCAUUAUUUUUUGCCACACCAUGCCGUAAUAAAAACCGAUAGCGCCACCACUAAAUUACGUGUCGUUUUUGACGGCACGUGCCGAACUACUUCGAACCUAAGCCUAAACGACGUAUUAUUGAAAGGUCCCGUAAUACAGGAGGAGCUCGUUACCUUGUUGGCGCGAUUCCGUACCCAUAAAUACGUCAUAACAGCUGAUAUCAAGCAAAUGUACCGUCAAGUCCUGAUCGAAGAAAAGCAUCGAGAUUACCAACUGAUAUGGUGGCGUCCUAGCACUAAUGAAAAAAUACAAAUAUAUCGUUUAAAUACCAUAACGUAUGGCACCGUUCCGGCCUCGUUUUUAGCGACAGGCUGUCUACACAAGUUGGCAGAACAAGAAUUGAUAAACCAUCCAGGUGCCUCCGAAAUCAUUCAAAAUGAUUUCUAUAUGGAUGACCUGCUGUCGGGAGCAAAUACAAUUCAAGAUACUAUACGUAUAAGAGACGACGUUAUAAAUAUUUUACGUAAAGGUGGUUUUGAGUUACGUAAGUGGGCUGCAAAUGAUCCUAUCUUACUGGAAGGUAUACUCGGAUCAAAUAGUAAUGAAAAGAACUUAAUUAUGGAAUUGGACAACGGUCCUACAAAAAUUUUGGGACUUAUUUGGAAUCCAAAGGAAGACCUAUUGCAAUAUAAAGUCACACCAUACGAAAGUGGUUCCGUUAUUAACAAAAGAAAAAUACUGUCAGACAUCGCAUCCAUUUAUGAUCCACUUGGUCUUAUAGGUCCUAUUAUAACUCGGGCAAAAUUGUUUUUGAGAACGCUUUUUUGCAAGAAAUAUGAUUGGGACGAAUCGCUUCCAGAAGCAAUAAAAGACGAAUGGAUUACAUAUAGGACUAAUCUAUACUCCUUAAGACAAGUAAAUAUUCCGCGAAGUCUUAUAAUCGAUGAUGGUAUCAAGGAAAUACAGGUACAUGGAUUUUCGGAUGCGUCUAUUGAAGCCUAUGGGGCCUGUUUAUAUUUAAGGGUAACUUAUUCAACAGGAGAGGUCGAAGUACGAUUGAUCGCCGCCAAGUCACGAGUAGCGCCUUUGAAAGCAUUGUCAAUCCCACGUCUAGAGCUAUGUGCCGCCGUACUAUUAUGCAGAUUGUCUAACAAAAUAGUUAAAAAAUUAAAAUUGAACAUAAGUCGUUGUUAUUGGUGGACCGAUUCGACAAUAGUGAUAGCUUGGAUUUCAUCACCUUCAGCAAAUUGGAAUGUGUUUGUCUCUCAUCGAGUAGGUGAAAUUCAAGAGUUGACAUCCGCCCAUGAGUGGCGUCAUGUGAAAAGUGAUGAUAAUCCCGCUGACGUUAUUUCCCGUGGUAGAGAUCCUUCUCUAAUACGAAACGAAAAAAUCUGGUGGGAAGGUCCCACAUGGCUCAAGAAAGUUGAAAACCAUUGGCCACCAAUGUCCGAGGUGGAUAAGAAAGGCGAAGUUCCGGAAAUGCGAAAAACUACCAACCUUUUGUCAACAGUUAGCAACGAUUGGUCGGUUAUAGAACGUAGUUCAUCAUGGAUGAGAUUGUUGCGUAUUAUUGCGUAUUGUCUACGCUUACGUUGUCUGAAAGUAAAAAAUACCGGACCAAUACAAACCGAUGAAAUAACUAAGGCAACGCAAUGCAUAGUGAAAGCCGUGCAAGUGCAGUAUUGGUCAGAAGAAGUUGUCGAUUUGAAAACAAAGGGCCAAGUGUCUACAAAAAGCAAAAUAUUCCGUUUAUGUGCAUUCUUGGAUCAAAAUCAAAUUCUCAGAGUUGGUGGCAGAUUAAAAAACGCCGAUGCACUUGACUCGUUUCAACGGCAUCCUAUGCUUAUUCCACAAUCGUGUCAUAUCUCUAAGUUAAUGUUUCGUGAUGCGCAUGAAAAAACAAUGCAUGGUGGUCCAGCUGCAAUGCUUGCUUAUGUUCGAGAACGUUUUUGGCCUAUACAUGGACGCAACAUGGCUAAAAAGGUAUUCUAUGAAUGCGUAAGUUGCUUUAGAACAAAACCUGUUACCGUUCAACCAAUAAUGGGUGAUCUGCCAAAACAAAGGAUAGAACCAAGUCGACCAUUCUCCGUAUGUGGUAUAGACUUUGCUGGACCUUUCAUGAUUAAAGGAAGUUUACGUCGAAAUGCACCAAUUACAAAGGGAUAUUUAUGUGUUUUCAUAUGUUUUGCCACAAAGGCAAUACAUCUCGAACUAGUGUGUGAUUUGUCAACGCAAGCAUUCUUAAACGCACUUAAACGUUUCACCAGCCGAAGAGGACUCUGUUCAGACCUAUACUCCGAUAACGCAACAAAUUUCGUUGGGGCCAAUCGAAAAUUAUCCGAGUUAAAAAAUUUAUUUCACAAUGAAGACAGUAUGGAAACCCUCCAAGGAUAUUUUACCAAAUUGGGAAUCCGCUGGCAUUUCAUACCCCCUCGAUCCCCUCAUUUCGGGGGCCUAUGGGAAGCUGCGGUAAAAUCGAUAAAGACUCAUUUAUACAGAACGGUAGGUAACGCAAAUAUGACUUAUGAGGAAUUGAACACUGUUGUAAUUCAAGUAGAGGCCUGUCUAAAUUCCCGCCCUUUGUGCCCGUUGUCCUCCGACCCGUCCGACUUAAAGGCUUUAACCCCGGGACAUUUCCUAACUGGAGACUCUCUAGUUGCUAUACCUGAGCCCGACGUUACCACCACACCUAUAAAUAGACUAAAUAGGUGGCGAAGAGUAACACAGGCUUUCCAACAAAUAUGGUCUCGAUGGCAAAAGGAGUAUUUGGCUCAGUUGCAGCAGCGUGGUAAAUGGGAAAGCGAAAAGGGGCCAAGGGUGAAGAUUGGUACAGUGAUAUUGAUGAAAGAAGAUAACAUACCUCCUUUACAAUGGAAAUUAGGCAAGGUAGUUCAAUUGCAUACUGGUCCAGACAAAGUCGUAAGAGUAGUCACAUUGCUUUCUGCCAAGGGUCAAUUUACGCGAGCUAUUCGGAUGGUGUGUCCAUUGCCUUUUGAAGGAAAUCAAGCUGUUUAAAAAAGAAAAUAUAAUGCCAUAACAAACAUUGAUUUUGCCUAUGUUAAUAUUUGUUUAUAAUUAUUAUUCUUUUGUUUUUAGAUUUUACGUAUUUGAUUUAGGUACGUUGUUAGUUAUUUAUUUUUUUUUUGUUGUUUCUUUGUACUUAUUAUUAGCCUUAUACAUUUGAAUCAUAUACAUUUGAAACAUUUUCAAGUUGUACAAUGUUUAUUAUUAUGUUAAUUUUAUAAUGUUUCAAGGCGGGCGGUAUGUUUGAUUUCGAGUAUAACUUCAAUCAGUAAUAAUAUUAUCAAUACCGUUAUCAUACAGUCCAUAGUAAGUUAUGUUGUAUAUAGUGUGCUCGAAAGCAAACGUGCUCUUUAAAAUGUAUAUUCACUUAAGAAAAAUAAAAGUUUUCGAGUAAAGUAAA